AUGCCUGGCAUUCCUAGAUUCCUGUGGUCGCAGAUCUUCUACACCCCAAAAUCGCCGCCUAAAGACUAUUUUGUUGGCAAAACAGUCAUUGUAACAGGCGCCAAUGCAGGUCUGGGUCUCGAGGCGACCCGUCACUUCGUACGGGCAGGCGCGAGCACAGUCGUCAUUGCAUGUCGGACGCUGAGUAAAGGCGACACUGCCAAGAAAGAGAUUGAAGAGUCUGAAGGGCGCAACGAUGUGAUCCAGGUCUGGGAACUGGACAUGUCCUCAUAUGCUAGCGUGAAGGCGUUCGCUAAGAGAUGCGAAGAUUUGCCGCGGAUAGAUGUGCUGCUAGAAAACGCUGGCGCAUUCACACUCAAAUUCUCGCGUGCUGAACACCAUGAAACGACUAUUACCGUACACGUCGUAUCAACCUUCAUGCUGGCAUUCCUCAUGCUGCCUCUUCUGAAAGCAUCGGCGGCAAAGACAGGAACGCGGCCCUACAUCAGCAUCGUCACGUCGGAAACGCACGAAUGGGUGGCUUUUCCCGAGAAGCACAGCCCGAACAUAUUCGCUGCAUUAGAUGAUGAGAAGACGACGAACAUGAUGGAGCGCUACGGCGUCUCUAAGCUUCUCCAGAUCCUGGCCGUGCGCCACUUCACCAAGAACCUCAUCAAAGAUCCGUCCAACUUUCCCGUUGUCAUCAACACUGUUACACCCGGCCUGUGUAGAACAGGACUUGUCAAAGAUGUUGGCGUCCUGCCUGAUGUGCUGAAGUUUUUCUUGGGUCGCACAGUUGAGGUGGGGAGCCGAAGAUAUGUCAAUGCUGUCGGGCCUGUAGGCAAUGGCAGUAUGGGUCAGUACGUCCUCGAUGAUUCUGUAUGUGAUCCUGCACCUUUUGUACUCAGCGAAGAAGGCUCCCAGUUGGCCAAGAGGGUGUGGGAGGAAUUGGUCGAGAUCUUGGAGGAGGCGUGCCCUGGUAUCACGAAGAAUAUCGCAGAUUGA